AUGCCAGCGCACCAGCAGCUGCCGCAUCCGUCCCUCACGCGCGCCUCUGAAGGUGUCUCUCAUGUAGCCAGCACUGGCCACAGCAGUCGCGUGAGCCAGGAUGUGCGUCAGGCACGUGCUCAGCAUGCCUUCGACGCCCAGGCAAGCGAGCUCGAGCAACAGCUGGAUGGGCAGCUGGAGCUUGUUUUCACGCUAAUGCGGCGGAUCAUGGUUCUAGACGCGCAUCUAGCCGCGAGGUCGACAGCUGGCACGAGCACCACCCUGGCGAGCAGCGGCGCAGACACAGAAGACUAUCGCGAGCUUCUGGUUGGGCAACUCGAGGAGGUCGAGGACGUGACGGUCUCUACAGCUCUGCACUUUGUCGAGCUUGCCAACCGCCACGCGCUGGAGUGGAUGAAUCACGGGCAGUAUUCGGCUGCCCUGCAGCUCCUGCAGCGGGCGGACAGGCUGCUGCGCAAGGAUACCGGUCGAGUAUUCCGCUAUCUGCCAGAUCCUCUAGAGCUUGAGGCCCCCUCGACCAGCGACGCGGCGGGAGGAUGUAAUGGCCUUCGCGAUGGCCGUGACACAACCUCGCUGCAGCGGCCGGCCGCCGCGUCGGCACAGGCCAGGAGUCACGACCGUAAGUGCCCAGCAAUGCUCACGUCCAGCGACAGCGGUGCCAGUAUCAACCACAUCAGCAGUGACAGCGUGUGCAGCAUCAGCGUCCCCUUUUUCUCCCCGUCGCAGGAACCGCGGCGGCUCAAGGCCGUGGCCGCUGUGGCGCACAACCUCGGCGUCUAUCACUUCAAGCUGGGGGAGUACAAGCUGGCAAGCGCACUCUUCGCCCGGUCGGCGGCCCUGGAGGAAGAGCUUCAGGCACCUGGAAUCGGCAUCACAUAUUUUAACAUGGCGCAGGCACAGGACGGCCUUGGACAGCUGACCGAAGCGCUGCGAUACGCCGAGCUGGCGGAGGAGGCGGUGGAGCGGCAAGUGUUCCAGGCGAAGGAUAAAACAACGCGGAUGCGGCGGCGGCUGACACAGGGACGCGCGUUCCAAGCAAGGGACUUUCCAGAUGGCGCGUGUGCUGCGAGCAGGGGUGGGGAGGACAACCACGACGGGGACACCGCGGCUGUAAACGCAUCAACAGGCGGCCACCGGUACAGCGAUGCGGCGGCCACCAUCGAUGGAGAGGAGGAAAAGGCGCUCAUGCGCAUGUGGCUACAGUGGCGGGAGAGCGUGUGCUUCUUGUCAUACGUGAAGCAGUCACAUGCGGGGUGGCUGGGUGGGAUGGGCCUCUACAAGGAAGCUUACCAGCACUACCAGCAGGCGCAUCGCUGGCUCCUCGCCAUUCCUCAUCUCGCCACGGAGGAGCAGCAGCGUGCACAGCUGUUGAAGCAGUACAUGGCGACCAUGAAGACACGCUGGCGGCGAGAGGAGAUCGAGGAGGAGCUCUACAACCACCCGCUACGCACCUCCUCGGCCGCCAGCAGCGGGGCUGUGCCAGCAGUGUCGUACCCUUCGCACAAUACCCGCGCCCCGAGCAAGCUCCGCGCGCGUGCGCACCAGCGUCCUCAGCUGUCUCCAGCGGCGUUGUCUGGAGCCGUGCCCAUUGCCAAAGACUUCACAUCCCCGCUGCAGAGUACUGUAGUGACAUCAGUGUUGCCGCGCAAUGUGGAGGUGGUCGGUAGGCGCCCGAGCGGCCCUUCUCGCGCGUUUUAUCGUGAGAGCUUUCCUACCCCGAACGAGGCGCCAUUUCUCUGGCCCUCCGCCAACGCUGUUGUGCAGCGAAAUUCGAUGAGUGCGCAGCUGCGUCGCCGCCCCAGCAGUGCAAACGCCGUGCUGCACUCCUUGUAUGCCCCCCGCCGACCGUCUGCAUCAUCACUUCGACAUCGACACAGCGCCACUGACCACGCCAUCGCUUCUGCUGAGCAGGACCACACACCCCUGUCACAUCCACCGCAGGAGCCGAGACAGCAGCAGCAGCAGCAGCAGCACGGCGGCAAGAGAGCAUCUUGGGAUCCAUCAAUGCGCGUGCCGAUCCCGCCGCCAGGCCGACGCACUGAAUACCGCACACCGGCUGGGCGCGCUGGGCCAGCCGCGCCUGGCCCAUUACUGCGUCGCAGCUCUGCCUCCCUAUUGCGAAGCAACGCAGGAGAGCUAGAGGUGUUCACGACUGCACAUCUGACUCCUCGGGCAUCCUCUACCCCCUACGAUGCGCACACGCGUUUUGCCUCUCAGCAUCAUCCUUCACCGCCUCGCGAACCUGCCCCGGUGAGUAGCACAUCGGCAGAGUCUUGUGUGGUGCGCGGCCUGAUUUUCGAGGCUGUGCCAGAGACACCAAAGUCGCUACCACAUCGUCAUCACAGUGAGCUCGCCGUUCCUGAUGCGCUUACCGUCGAGCGCGUGAAGGAGGUUGCCGCCGACCCACCAGGGCAGAGGCGCGAAUCUGCUGCGACACCGAAGAAAGACAGUGUCGGUGAUGGCGCUACGGACCUCGCCGCAUGGGCUCCGCCAGCCGCGCGCCAGCUUCCCGACCUCACGCCGUCCCCUCGAAUUCCCGGUGACUUGACGUGGUGCGUGACCGUGUUGCAGGCCUUUCUGCGUCCUCGCUGCCACCACCGGACCUUGUCGGGCACAGAGGGGGAGAGGGACCGCGGCAAGCACGCAGAUAGGGGCAGAAAUACCAUAGAAUCGCCUCAAAGGUCGUGCCCGGCAGAGGCGUCGACUGUGAAGUCGGAGUCGCCCAGCCGCGCCGCUGACGUGGAGAAGGCAACGAUACUGGACGGCGACGGCACGUCGCGUGACGCGCAGUCGCUCUCGCUCUCAUCGAAAUCGGUGGGUGCACUAACGGUGCGGCGGGCGGAGCUCCAAGCUUCGCAGCCGUGCAGCGCGGGUGUCUACGGCGCUCUCGUGUCGGGUACUACUGUAGGCAGGGCGCCGGGUAGUAAGUCGGCAACUCAGCCGUCCUUGUCUGCAUCAUCAUCCUCUUGCGCGGCUGUGAGGCGCACAGCUUGUGUAGAAAGCGGUGGCUUACACGCAGAGGCAGCGGUGACAAGCAACGAGGACAUUAAUGCGAGUGCGCGUCAUGAUGGCGCGGACGUCUGUGUAGAUCUGGCAGCGGCAGAGCGUGAGUGGCCAAGCAGCCCUGCUAGGGACGAUGCCUCUGCGGGUCAGCACGCAGGCAUGGGCAGCCUGGGCGUCGGGUACGGCGGACACGUGGCGGUAGAGGCGGUUAUGAAGCGGAGAAGGUCAGUGAUACCCUACGAGAGCGACGACGGGGAGGCUUCCGGCCCCACGAGCCCUGACCGUUUUUACAGCAAGGGUUUCCAUGAUGCCGGCAACAGUGCUGGGGCUGCUGCCCCAACCGCCAAGCGCGUGUAUGUGGUUACGUCCGAUUCUGGUGCAACGACGACAGCUGCGUCAGCGCCUUUUCCGGUCCACCACGAGAAAAACGAUGGAGAGAAGGAUUUCCUCCACGAGCCGAGUCUGGGCGGCGACGAGGUGAUGCUCAAACUCGAAUCGCUCGACUCGGAACGGCGGAGCUGCAUGCCGGUGUCGGCAGACGCCUUGGUAGGUAGGGAAGGGGAUCGCUGCUGUGGUGAUGCGUCAGCGAGCACAUCGAAGACGAGCGCUCAUGAUAUCUCGGGGAAGGGUGAGAGCGACGCGGUGGCGACGGUGGCUGAGGAGCGUGAGGAUGCACCAGGCAACGCUCCAGUGCUGGAGACAUGCGCCUCGGUGUCCAAGGAGGCGAAGGCCAACAGCCUCAGUGCACUGCAGCGGCUAAAUACGGGUGAUCAGAAAAUCACUGUGGAGGCAUCCCCGGCGAUGCAUGCUCACGAGAAAGAUCAGCAUCUCGUGUGCGAAGCGGAGGGGAGAGGUACAGCGGCGCAGAGAACCGCGUCACCUUUUCGGGCAUCUGUCGAUGGGGUUCUCCGAGCAGAGCAAGCGGAACUCGCCUGUGCUGCGGUGGCAGUGGCUGGCUCGCUUUCAGCGCAUCAGUUGGCGAUACUCAACAAAGUUGCGAGCUCAGUUGCCACCGUCGCGGAGGCCUUCGCGUCUGCUGCAGACGACUACGGGGACGUGCCGAAGCCGUCUUUCCUGUCGCCGACUUCGUCAGCUGCGUGCCGAGGUACGCGGGCACCGUUUCAGUCAUCACGGGACCCAGGAGUGAGAGAGGGGGAGCUGAAAGCCGUGUCUGCCUCUGCGGCGCUGUCGCACUCGUCGCACUCACCUGUGUCGCAAGCACCGCAGGAGACAAGCCGGAACGUAGACCAGGUGGACGGCUCAUGCAGUGCCGGGCUCGGCGCGGCUGGCGAGGAGGAGGCCAGUAACGUUUGCACAGCCGCACACGCGAUACUCUCAGACAGAAGCCGCGAGGACGACUUGGGUGACAGAACAGCGGUCCAAAAGACCGCCCUUUCGGAUUCGCCAACUCCGCCCUUUACUUCCUCUGUGUGUGCAGAGAACGUUUGCCCGAGCAGCCUGGAGGACACUGCUCUGCCUGGCGGGUCAUCGAUGCGUGCAUCCAUCUCGGCCACCGCCGUUCGGUUUACUGCAUGCGGACACGAAGCACCGAAAAGGAUGAGCAGCAGCGCUUCGGUGUGCCCGGUCGAUCUUGAGGUCGAAGGCGACAACGGGCCAGCGAGUGAGGCGCUGCGCCAGGAGACGGAGGAGGCGGGGGGUAGCGCCUUGCACAAGGGCAGCUCGGCGGCGCCUGGGGCAAGCGCCGCCUCCGCGGGACGAGCUGCUUCCAGCAGCCGCGAAGCAGUGUCAUGGACAGAGGUGAAAGGUGCCACGAAUGCUCUUGCCGUUACCGUAGCUACCCCAAGUGCGGAGACUGAAGAGCAGCUGACAACUCCUGCGGAUAAAGACGGCCACCCCCAUGAGCAGAGCCGCGCCGCGACUUUGUUCUCGUCGCCAUCGAGGAUGAGGGAAUCCUGUCGCGGUGAUUCUUCCAUGACGACGAGUGCGGCGAGACCACCACACAACGAAGUUGCAGACCUCCCAUUGUCCGAAGACCCUGCCAGCGGUAAGGUGACAGCAGAGGAGCAAAGUGCAGAGGUGAGCGCGGCGAUAAAGGAAGGUCGAUCUCCAGAAGAGGUCGUGAUGGCCCCGCCGCCUCGACGUAGUCGCGUGUUCGUCUUCGCACCGCACAAGCUAGCAGCAUCCGCGUCGAUGGAGCUGAGGAACGUCGACUUCAGUUUCCGCAGUGGUGACGCUGGGGAGCAACUUCGAUCCCCUACGCGGAUGCCGAAGCAGCCCGCGGCAACUCUCGAUACGGAGACGGUAGAGGAUGGGGCGGCAAAGCCGGUGCUGUUGCGCCUGGCGGGUGGCAGCCGCACCUCCGGCUCUUCCAACGAUUCGCUCUGCUUCAACGAGGGGUACUGCUGCCCAGCGCCAAUGAUGGCGUAUGCGACGACCGAGGAUGAGACCUUGGGCCGCCGCACUACGUCCAUCAGCUCCACCACGACCCGGAUCACGCAACUCCGGGGGAGCUCCUCGAGAAGCAUCCACGACGGCAACGACCUCCGACCAGGCGACGGCGAAUCGCCGGGGAACAAUGAGCGGCGUCUGCUGGUGAAACCGGAGGCAGUCGAGCUGGUGAAGACGACAGCGCCGGUGUCGGCGACGGCCCCGUCCCCGGCGAUAAUGCAAGACGGAUUACCGAUGCCUUCCGCAUCGGUGGAUGUCGCGGUGCCCAGCGAGGCGCCGGUGAUGGUAAAAGAGGACAUUGCGCAGGUGGAGGAAAAGGACGUGAAGCAGCUGCAAAGGGCACGGCAGGAUCUCUUUUCCACUCACGAAAUCGAUAUCAUGAAGAACAUGGACACCUCGCCUCCGUGCACGACGAGCGCACCCAAUACACCGGAGCUUCUGGACUCUUCCAAGCUUACGUGCUCGUCACCGGUUUUUGCCCCGAUAGCAGCGUCGGCGGCUGUGGCACCAGUCGAAGCGCCCAGAGGACCAGGAAGCGCCGUGGAGCUUGAGAUGAAACUGUCGACUGCUGUACCCCCUUCUAUAUCUCUUCGACCAGAGUCGCCGGUGCCACUUCCAAAGCCUGGGGAAAGAUCUGCGGGUCUGUUGUCACCACGGAAUUGCCCUCUGGACCGCGAAGGUGACCUGCUCGGCCGUGUACACGGAGGUGACGCCGACGAGGCGACGCCUCCCGGCAUGGGAGAUGUCCUUGCGACCACGGAGGGAGAGACGGCGCUCGAAGUCGGCGCUAACCAUCCUGUCAAUGGGGUGAAGGAUGGCGUGGCGGGUGCGCACGAGAAGGCGCGUCUCAAGAGUGAAGGCGCCCACGGCGCCGCUGUGGCCUCGUGCGAGGUCUCUGCAGGUCAUCUUCUCCCACCUCAUCUACCAGCGCCUGUUCACAAGCCACGGCCACAGCAACAGAGGCUCGGCACGAAUGGGUCUACUUGGAGCGACGCGGAGACGGACGAGGCGCAGCGGCGGUAUAUCCGCGAUCAAAUCGUACAAGAGGAGGCGGCGGGAGUGAUUCAACAAGCGUGGAGAGAGUGUGUAGCGGCACGGAUGCGGCGCCGGCUGCACCUCCUAUGGUAA